GAUCGCCCUCGACAGUCUUGGCGGGGACUCGAUCGCGAUGGCGGAACAUAAGGUCGCUCUCAUCACUGGCAUCACUGGGCAGGACGGGUCCUACCUUGCGGAGCUGCUGCUCAAAAAGGGGUAUGCGGUGCACGGCGUCAUCCGCCGCUCAUCCUCCUUCAACACCCGCCGGAUCGAGGACCUGUACGAAGACCCGCAUGUGGACACGCGCAUGCUGUACCUGCACUACGGCGACCUGACCGACUCGACCAACUGCUUCGAGAUUGUCUCCUCCGUGAGGCCCGACGAGUUGUACAACCUCGGCGCCCAGUCGCACGUCAAAGUCUCGUUCGAGAUGUCAGAGUACACGGCUGACACAGACGGUCUCGGCACGCUGCGGCUGCUCAACGCGAUCCGCUCGUCGGGCCUCGCCGGGAAGACGCGCUUCUACCAGGCGUCCACCUCGGAGCUCUACGGCCUCGUGCAGGAGGUUCCCCAGCGGGAGACGACGCCCUUCUACCCGCGCUCGCCGUACGCCGCGGCCAAGCUGUACGCGUACUGGAUCGUGGUCAACUACCGCGAGGCGUACGGGAUGCACGCGAGCAACGGGAUCCUGUUCAACCACGAGUCCCCACGGCGCGGGCCCACCUUUGUCACCCGAAAGGUCACUCGCGCCGUGGCCAGGAUUCACAAGGGGCUGCAGCAGACACUGUACAUGGGCAACAUUGACGCGAAGCGCGACUGGGGCCACGCCCGCGACUACGUGGAGAUGAUGUGGAUGAUGAUGCAAAAGGACGAGCCGGACGACUACGUCGUGGCGACGGGAGUGACAAACACGGUUCGCUACUUCAUCGAGCUCGCCUUUGCGGCGGCCCCCGUGGGCAUCACCAUCGAGUGGCAGGGCGAGGGCGUCGACGAGAUCGGCGUCGACGCGGCGGACAAGUCGCGCGUCCUGGUGCGGAUCGACCCGAAGUACUUCCGGCCGACUGAGGUCGAGCUGCUGAUCGGAGACCCGGCCAAGGCCAAGGAGAAGCUCGGCUGGGUGCCCAAGAUCCCGAUGCAGGAGCUCUGCAAAGAGAUGGUUGCCUCCGACAUCGCCCUCGUCGAGAAGGGCGACCUCACCUCGUGAGACCACCUUCCGUGCGCGCGAGAUUGCAUGUGAAUCAUCUAGGUGUAAUGGGACGUACAUCUCUCUCUUGUGUGACCGUCUGCUGCUACUGCUUUAUCUCUUGGUCCCCCACUUGCUGCGCGUGGUGCCGAGUCCGAGUCGCGAGUCCGAGUGCCGACGGCCCGAGAGCGCGCGGCGCUCUCUGGCGGUCGUGACGGUGGUCGUCUGAUCAUGCCCGAGAGCUCCCCGCUUCUUGAAGAGCCACCGAGUUCUU